CUUAACAACGCACGAUCCAUCUCAGCCUUCAACUUCAUGAGAUGUCCCUUCCACUCCCAAAGAAGAGCAUGCGUCUUCCCUUUUCCAAUCAACCUGCCCUCCCCAGCAGAACCAGGCUUGGCGUCAAACAGAGUCAAACCCAGCAGAUUCUCGACAUCACUCAGGUCCUUACCCAACGGAUCCCCUAGCCGCAUCGUCGCCUUCUACGCCGCUGAUAGGCUGGCCGCUGAUCUCAGCACCUCCGCAUAAGACGGCGCACCAUCUUUCCUGAUAAACCCAGACCCUCCGGCUAAUAUAAUAAACAUACUGAUGUCAUCCAGUACUCUGAGGAGAAGGCUCCAUCAUGGCGAUGUUGACGGAAAGAGGCAUGAGAAUGUGGAGACAUCGGAGUUGGAUGGUCUGAAUGAGCCUCUACUAGGAAAUUAUGAGCAUGAUGAUAGGCAUUCGGAGGGAUCGACACUAGAAGAUCUUUGCGAUGAUGAGCAGAGGAAGGAACACCUCCACUGGACACUUAUAUUUUCACAGUUGAUCGCUCAAUGGGCACAAUGGUUAGCAAAUAUUGUUCUUGGACCUGGGUUGCUUAUUGGACGCCUUUUAACUUUUCCAUCCAACUUCCAAAGAGGACAAAGCAAUAAGCUGCGUACGCCUACACUUGGUCCUCUGCAGGAAGAAAGACUCAGAAAUCUACGGCGAAGGCUUGAAGUUCCCUUUGAUGGUUCUCGUGUGGAGCAUCAAGAUGCACUUAAAUUGUUGUGGAGGUUGGCAUAUCCUGAUAGGGAGCUCCCAUCUCUUAAAUCGGAGCUUUGGAAGGAAAUGGGUUGGCAAGGCCCAGACCCUUCAACAGAUUUUAGGGGUGGGGGUUUUAUAUCAUUGGAGAAUCUGAUAUUUUUUGCCCAGAAGUAUCCGGAAACAUUCCAGAGAGUGUUGCACAAACAAGAUGGAACUAGAGCUGAGUGGGAAUAUCCUUUUGCUGUUGCUGGGAUCAAUAUUUCAUUUAUGUUGGCCCAAAUGUUGGAUCUUCAAUCAGGAAAGCCAACUUCUUUGGCUGGCAUUCGCUUUUUAGAAUUGCUUAAUGAAGAUGAAAUGGCAUUUGAUAACCUCUAUUGUGUAGCCUUUCAAAUGAUGGAUGCUCAAUGGCUCGCAAAGCAUGCGUCUUAUAUGGAAUUCAAUGAUGUUCUCAAGUCUACAAGAACUCAGUUAGAGCGCGAGCUUGCGCUUGAAGAUGUCUCCGGCGUGAGAGAUUUACCAGCAUACAACCUCUUGAAAGCAUAGUCCACUAUACUUAUAUUAGUUCCUUGACCAUCAUAUUUUUCUUUUUUCUUUAAAUUUUGUUACAUAAGUGUGUCCAUAUCUCAGAAAUCACACCAAGGCAUAUAUAAUUUUUUUUUUCAUCUCAUAUUGUAAUGUUAAAAUAGAGCUUGUAAUGCCCCAGAUUCAUGUGGGUCUGCAUUUAUAUUUUUCGAUUCUUUCCUUUCCUUUAACAUACCUUUAGUUUUAUUAGAUUGUCUUUUUCUUUUCAAGUGGGACAUAUCAAUAUUCAGGAAAUUUUUCUGCA